AUGCUGCGUUUCUUUGCUACACACGGCGAGCCUCACAGCCCGUCCUCGCAAACCCUGGGUCCCGCCCAGGGCGCGCGAUACCCCUUGCAAAUGAGAAAUUCGGAGGAAUCUUCAACCCCCAACCCGCGCCGUCGUUCGUUCUCGCGCGUCGGCGCCGGUCCUGCCCGUGAGGGCCUGGUGUGA